AUGAUUCUUUCGAUACCCACCACCGCUCUGAGCACUCUCUUACUUGGGCUGAUGCUCGCAACCUCCAGCAUCGGUGAUGUCGAGCCCAACUUACCUCACGAUCCGAAAACUACACCAUACUGUACUUUUUGGGCAGACGUGGGUAGUGACAUCCCAUGUGCCGAUUUUCUUACAUACUGGGAGGUAGCUCUCGUUGCUUUCGUCCGCUGGAACCCCAGUAUCACUUCCACCUGUGGCAACUUUGGAAAUCAUACGUCCUACUGCAUUGAUGCCUACAACGAGCCUGGCGCACUCUACUCUCCCUGGAAAAAUCUUGGUUGUUACGUCGACAACAGCAAUUCUCGUGUCUUGAGCAAAAGAUUGGGUACCGAAGCUGGUGAUCAACAACUUACCCAGAAAUUAUGCCAGGCUCUAUGCAGUAACGGCUACUGGUCAUAUUGUGGGCUGGAGAACGGUCAAGAAUGCUGGGGUGCAGAUGAGCUUAACGCACUAUCCGCCGAAGAUAGUCCAAUUAGUCUUUGUAAUAUGCCUUGCAAAGGUAAUGCGAGCGAGAUGUGUGGAGGUUCAGAUCAUAUCAACGUGUUCCACCUGACAAUUUGGUCAUCGAGCAGCACAAUUAUGAGUGCCACCAAGCCUUCCACGACGAAGACUAGCAGCGUUACUGUACCCAAAACAACCGCGGAGGCUGCAACGACUACGAGUGCAGUUCCAAGCGUAUCUCCUGCCAUCCAAUCAGCUGCUACACGGCUCCUGGGGCUGCCAGGACGCAGUGGAGCUUAUGGUGGAAUAUCAAUAGCAACACUGUAA